GCUCUCGGAGGCAGUGAAAACCUCCGCUGGGUAUAUGCGCUCGCAGAUGUCAUGUGAAAACGCGCAUGCUUGCCUGAAGAGUCGGACCACCGCGCUGCUCCCUCUCCACCGCUUCACGCGCGCCUCUGGAAUGGUUUUGCACGGCAGUCUCGCAUUUUGACGUUGACAAGACGAAACUUCACGAAGGAUCUUGUUUUUUUUACUCUGGUUUAGGUUUGUUUCUUCAUGACUGACGCGUUCGGGAGCAAGACGCCACCACUAUGCGAGCUCAAAUUGAAGUCAUACCAUGCAAAAUCUGCGGAGACAAGUCAUCGGGCAUCCACUAUGGAGUCAUCACAUGCGAAGGCUGUAAGGGUUUCUUCAGGCGGAGUCAACAGAACAACGCCGCAUACUCUUGUCCCCGUCAGCGCAACUGUUUGAUUGACAGAACGAACCGCAACCGCUGCCAGCACUGUCGGCUACAAAAGUGCCUGGCUCUGGGCAUGUCCCGGGAUGCUGUUAAAUUAGGCCGCAUGUCGAAGAAGCAGAGGGACUCUCUGUACGCAGAGGUGCAGAAACACCAGCAGCGGAUGCUGGAACAGCGGCAGCAGCAGACGGGCGAGGCGGAGGCCCUCGCCCGCGUUUACUCCUCCAGCCUCACCAACGGCCUCAGCACCCUCAACCACGAGAUAGCAGGCACGUACGCCAAUGGUCACGUCAUAGACAUGCCCAAGGGACAGCCGAACGCCGUCCCCGGAGGCUACUACGGCAUGGACUCCACCCAGCCCAGCCCUGAUCAGUCUGGUCUGGAUAUGACAGGAAUGAAGCAGAUCAAGCAGGAACCCAUAUACGAUUUAACCCCCGUUCCCAACCUCUUCACUUACAGCUCCUAUCAGGACAGCCAGCUGGCACCUGGAGUGUCCAUGGGGGAGUUAGACCGAAUCGCGCAGAACAUCAUAAAGUCCCACCUGGAGACGUGUCAGUACACAGUAGAUGAGCUUCAGCAGCUAGCCUGGCAGACGCACUCCUACGAAGAGGUCAAGAUGUACCAAAGCAAGACACGGGACGUGUUGUGGCAGCAGUGCGCUAUACAGAUAACUCAUGCCAUUCAGUAUGUGGUAGAGUUUGCCAAGCGCAUCACUGGCUUCAUGGAACUGUGUCAGAACGACCAGAUAUUACUGCUGAAAUCAGGUUGUUUGGAAGUUGUGCUGGUCAGAAUGUGUCGGGCAUUUAACCCUCUCAACAACACGGUUCUGUUUGAGGGGAAAUAUGGAGGCAUGCAAAUAUUUAAAGCUCUAGGCUGUGAUGAUCUGGUCAGUGCAGUGUUCGACUUUGCCAAGAGUCUGUGUGUACUGCAGUUAACAGAAGAGGAGAUCGCCCUGUUUUCUGCUGCAGUGCUCAUAUCUACAGACCGGCCGUGGUUAAUGGAGCCCAGGAAAGUGCAGAAGCUACAAGAGAAAAUCUACUUUGCCCUGCAGCACAUCAUGCAAAAGAACCAUCUGGAUGAGGACGCGCUAGCCAAGCUGAUUGGUCGAAUCCCCACGCUGUCGGCACUGUGCUCUCUCCACACCGAGGAGCUACAGGCUUUUCAGCAGCUCCACCCAGAGACGGUCAACAUGCUUUUCCCACCCCUUUAUAAAGAGCUCUUCAACCCUGAUGCCGCAAGCGUCAUGCCCAAAUGACCGCGCACAUUCAAUCCUACAACAAUGGAUAGAAAAACAACAGGUCUUUCCUUCAGCAAGCGAUGGGCCGACGAUGAACACUGUGUCGCAGUACCCACCAUAUUUUGCAGCUACAAAAAUUUUUCGGAAUGUCCUGCACUUCAAAAAAAUUUCGACUCAAUUUCACCGGUACAGUCAUGAGAAUGUAUAUAUGCGCACACGAAAAAAGGCGCCUUCAAGUUUGACCAGAAAUGUACAGACUUUAGGACAAUUUAGGUGUCUUUAAAUUGGGUAAGUUGAUUUGUUUGUUUGACCCAUUUUUUUGUUUUUAUAAAAUAUUGUUAUAUUGAAAUGAGGGUUGAGGAUGCAUUCUAAAAUGAUCAAGUAGUCUUUUCUUUAGUACAAAGCGGUAUUCCAGUAUUAAAUCUCCUUCUGUUAAUAUUUUAGACAUUAUUUAAAAACAACACCGGCCUGUCUAUAAGGCCCGUACCUUGUCUAUGUCAUUUUUCGUAUUUGUUUUGUAGUUUUACCUGUACAGAAUAUUCGAGAAACUGGUAUAAGGUCAACAGGGGACUAACUUUGUUUGGCCACGUUUAAAAGCCUUGUCUGGGCUAUGUAGAUAUGUAUAAAAAGCACACACUAAUUUUACACUUUCAAAGUGAGGAAAAUUGAUAAUGGAUACUUUCCAUACGUAACUAUAGAGAUAUAUAUUUUACGAAAAAUGUAUGGCCGAUUAGCAUCUUGUCAGUCAUUGCUGCAAUAACACUUUCUGCAUUAACUGCUACAAAACAAUCCAGUCAGUCGUGAAUUACGGGAAGCCCUCACAACUGCUUCUAAUCUGUAAUCCUUUUUACCCUAAA